GGUAUCUCCCUUGAAGAUCUGGACAUAUCUCCCCUAUCCCCAUGAAUGGGGGCUGCCACCUCUGCUUCUUUAAACUUUGCACAGACCUUUACAACACAGUUCCAAAGACCAGCUGCUCCCGGAAUCUUGCCCUCAGAAGGUUUCUACCCUCGAACAACGCCCUCCUCCCCCUCCUUCUGUGGAACAGCCCACUGUACGGAUUGGACGGUAAGAUGGCGGCCCUCACUGGCCGCCUGGGCGCAGCCAUGUUACUUGCCCAACAACGUCACUUCUGGCCAAAGUCUGGGCCGAUCCAUAACUGCACCUGGUUCAGAGAUUUCUUGGUGUCUCUGCGGAACUGUUGAGCUUUCUCCUUACUGGAGGUGGCAGGAUCUUCCAUUCAUUCUGACUGCAGCCCACAUACAGACACCCCUCCAGCUUUGGAAGGUGGGUUGAGACCCAGGGUGAACAUGCCAACUAAUGGGAAAUCACCCCAGAGUUUCCCUGCCUUGGUUCCAGGACAACCUGACAGAUCAUUUAAGUUGUUUUCCAUUGUCUUUGCUUACAAGAAGUUUGAGGUGGGACCGACUCCUGAAUCUUCUUCCUGUUGGUGGAAUAAGGAUUUGCCCUGAAGAAAAUUUGUAUAUAGUCGCGGAAGCCACCGUGGCCUCUGACCUGCUGCAGCACGUGCUUCAGGCCUAACAGUCUUCAGAAGGCCUUUCCACCAUUCUGUCAAGCCAGCUGCUUCAGGAUGUGGGGGAACAUGGAAUCUGUGUCAUUCGAGGACGUGGCUGUGGAUUUCACCCGACAGGAGUGGCACAGACUGGACCCUGCUCAGAGGACCAUGCACAAGGAUGUGAUGCUGGAGAACUACAGCAACUUGGCAUCUGUGGGCCUCUGCGUGGCCAAACCGGAGAUGAUCUUCAAGUUGGAGCGAGGAGAAGAGCUGUGGGUAUUAGAGGAGGAAUCCCCAGGCCAUGGUUACACAGGAUCUCUCUCACUGCUGUGUGGCAACAAUUCUGUUGGGGGUAGUGCCCUCAGGCAUGAUAAUGACCUUCAGCAUCAGAAGAUUCAAACUGCAGAUCAAACUCUUGAAUAUAAUGGGUACGGGAAAGUCCUCUACAAGAAGAUGGGCUUUGUUGAACAUAAAAGAGCACACACUGGAGACAGAAACUUUGAAUGUCCCGAAUGUGGGAAAAUUUACUGCAGGAAAUCAAACCUUAUUGAACAUCUGCGAAUACACACAGGGGAGAGACCCUAUAAAUGUGGUGAAUGUGCAAAAACCUUUAGUGCAAGAUCAUACCUCAUUGCUCAUCAUAAAACUCACACAGGGGAGAAGCCUUUUGAAUGUAAUGAAUGUGGGAAAUCUUUUGGCAGGAAGUCACAACUCAUCCUCCAUCAGAGAACACACACUGGAGAGAGACCCUAUGAAUGUACUGAAUGUAGGAAAACGUUUUCUGAGAAGGCAACCCUCACAAUUCAUCAGAGAACUCACACAGGGGAGAAACCCUAUGAAUGUGGUGAAUGUGGGAGAAAAUUUCGCGUUAAGAUAUCCCUUACUCAACACCAGAGAACUCACACUGGGGAGAAACCCUAUGAAUGUGGUGACUGUGGGAAAAACUUCCGUGCAAAGAAAUCCCUAAAUCAACACCAGAGAACUCACACAGGUGAGAAACCCUAUAAAUGUGAGGAGUGCGGGAAAUUCUUCAGAAUGAAGACGACUCUCAAUAAUCACCAGAGAACUCACACCGGUGAAAAACCCUAUCAGUGUAAUGAAUGUGGGAAGUCUUUCAGGGUGCACUCAUCUCUUGGGAUACAUCAGCGAAUUCACACAGGAGAGAAACCUUAUGAAUGUAAUAAAUGUGGUAAUGCCUUCUAUGUCAAAGCACGCCUCAUUGAACAUCAGAGAAUGCAUUCAGGAGAGAAACCCUAUGAAUGCAGUGAAUGUGGAAAAAUCUUUAGUAUGAAGAAAUCCCUUUGUCAACACCAGAAAACUCACACAGGAGAGAAACCUUAUGAAUGCAGCGAAUGCGGAAAUGCCUUUUAUUUGAAAGUACGCCUCAUUGAACAUCAGCGAAUUCACACAGGAGAGAGACCUUUUGAAUGUCAAGAAUGUGGGAAAGCCUUCUGCCGGAAAGCACACCUCACAGAACAUCAGAGAACUCACGUAGGCUGGCCCUUGCCUUGUACUAUGGAGAAAGCUUCUUGGUGAAGACUCUUCUCACCAUUUGCUCAAGCCCUUUGGACCAUCUGAUCACCAGGGCACAGAGAGUGCACCUGUAACAAUUUGGCUCCUAACUACAUUGGUGUGAAAAUAUGUCCUGAUCCCUUAGGGGAUAGCUCAUUGUUGUUUUCCCUUCAUUUGUAUUUCCCUAAUUAGUGGGGAGGUUAAACAUCUUCCUCUCUGUUGAUUGCCCACUUGGGUUUUUUCUUCUGUGCAUUGACUAUUCAUAUCCUUUUGCUCAUUGUUUUCUAAUGGGCUAUUUAUCUUUUACCUUUUGGUUUAAGUGUUGUUUUUUUAAUAUAUGAGACUAUAAAGAAUCCUCUUUCAGGAAUCUGUGUUACAAAUACCUUCUUCCAGACUGUGGCUGGUUCUUUAAUUUUUUUUUUUUUUUAAAGAUUUUAUUGGGAAAGGGGAACAGGACUUUAUUGGGGAACAGUGUGCAC